UGUGCGGUCAGUUGCCAACGCCACCGUCGUAUGUGCCCGCUGCUGCCAGCCAAGGACAUCUCACUGACCACAUGAACUUCAUAGAGUAAACCCACAACAAUGUGUGAUGCUAUGGGAAAAGCGGACAUCUGGUUAAUCAGAACUUACUGGGACUUUGAGUAUCCACGACCGAUCCUGCCGAGCUUCAAAUUUGUCGGGGGGCUGCACUGCAAGCCUGCAAAGCCACUUCCAAAAUGAAGGACCUCCCCAAAGAGAGAGCCAACACCAUCGCUGCAGCACUCGGGCAGAUCCCACAGAAGCCAGAUAAUCUGUUCCACAUGAAAACCAAAGGAGCCGCUGUUUUGCUUGAAAUGAACAAAAUAGAGACCAAAGACCUGAAGGACGCUCUCACCGAAGUUAUUACCAAUCCAUCGUACAAAGAGAGCAUCAUGAGGCUUUCCCGAAUCCACCAUGAUCAGCCGAUGAAGCCGCUGGACCAGGCUGUCUUCUGGAUCGAGUUUGUGAUGUGCAACAAGGGGGCCAAGCACCUGAGGGUGGCGGCCCAUGACCUCACUUGGUACUAGUACCACUGCUUGGACAUCGCUGCCUUUUUGCUGUCCAUAGUCGCUCUGGUCACAUUCAUCUUU